AUGGUGCGCAGCUUGCGUUUUUUUCGCGGCCUCCGUGUGCUGGUCAAGGCAUGUCAAUGUUUCUUGCCCUCGCUUUGCUGGUCAAUGGUUCUGUUAUUGAUUUUCAUGGCCAUGGGCGCACUUAUGCUUGGAAACCUCCUGCAGAGUUUCGUGGACGACGAUGAUCAAGAUCUUGACGAUCGUCAGUGGAUAUGGAUGCAUUAUGGCACUGCCUACCGUGCCCUCUAUACGUUUUUCGAAAUUACAUUUGCCGGAAAUUGGCCCACGAAUACGCGGCCGGUGCUGGAGAAGGUUAACCACGGCUUCGCCAUAUUCUUCGUUUGCUACAUUACGCUGGUGGUGUUUGCUAUUAUUCGCGUUAUCAGUGCUGUUUUCCUGAAGGAUACGCUGGACGCUGCUCAGAACGAUGCGGAAGCACUGGUGGUAGACAAGAUUCACAAGAAACAGGAGUUUGUGGUCAAGUUGGAGGGCAUCUUCAAGGCUAUCGAUGACACUGGUAGUGGCAUCAUUUCA